CUGUGGCGCUACAUUUUCUGAAUAAAAAAUAACUUUUGUAUUAUAAUAAUUAACAUUAUCCAUUCUCUGUAAAUUUCCACUCUCGUUGUCGGAGAUCACUUUUUAAAAAAUUCCGAUUAAUCAAAAAUCGAAGCUAGAAAAGAACAAAUCGAGAUGAAAAACAUAGAGCCGGGUAGCCACUGCACGAUUAGUGUGGUAGAAGACCCCCUACAUGAGGGCGAAUAUUUUUUUGAGGGCACUGAGAAGUUGCUGGAGAUCUGGUUCUCCCCAUCGUCACCCUCAUCUGCGUCUGGAUCAGUUCAGGGCGGCCGGGCAAGUCUAAGAGACAUCAACAGAUCAGAGUGGGAAUUGUUGUUGAAGAAUGUCAACUGUGAGAUACUUAGUAGUAGACACUCAACCACUAUGGAUGCAUAUCUGCUCAGUGAGAGCAGCAUGUUUGUAUCAAAGGAUCGAAUCAUAUUGAAGACGUGCGGCAAGACGACACUCCUUGAAGCUGUCAAGCCAUUGCUUGGUCUUGCCAAAGAACAGUGUGGAUUCGAUAAUAUAGUGGAUGUGUUCUAUUCUCACAAAAAUUACUUGCGCCCUGAUUUGCAGCCGGAGACGUACAGGCAUUUUGACCAAGAGGUGGCUAUGUUGGAUACUUUGUUCGAAGAUGGAGCUGCGUAUGUACUUGGCAAACUGAACAAGGAUUGUUGGUACAUAUAUACCUUGGAUAGAUUCAACAUCACAGAGCCCGACCAGACAUUAGAAAUCAUGAUGAUGGAUGUGAACCAAGAUGUCAUGAACAUGUUCACCCAGUCCUAUGGUCUCACCGCUAGUCAGCUAACUGAGAAAACAGGAAUAUUGGAUAUCCUGCCAGGGGCCAUUAUAGAUGAUUGGUUAUUUGAACCAUGUGGUUAUUCGAUGAACGCACUCCUACCAAAUGGACGCUACUUCACCAUCCACAUCACUCCGGAAGAUGAAUUUUCGUAUGUCAGUUUCGAAACCAACGUACCAAGGGAUUCUUACAACGAUUUGAUCACCAAAGUUACUGAUAUCUUUCAACCUAACAAGUUCAUUGUUACUCUCAUGGCUAAUGAGGCAUCGCCAGCUUACAAGCUUUGCCUGAAGAUGGAUGGUCCAGUGAAGCCAUUCAGACGCACAGAGCACCAGGCAUGCGAGAUGAAGAAUUACAAUUUGAAUUAUGCUCUGUACGAGCGUCCUCCCACCUCCAAACUCAUCCCCUACAAGUGAGGACUACUGGGCCACCACAGCGAAAUCACCCCUGGUCAUUUCUCUCUCUUUCUCUUUCGUUCUUAUCUCUCUUUCUUAUCAUCUUCGUCGUUACCUUGUUACGGAGUCUUGGAAAGCAUGUUGAAUGUAUUGGAUCGUGUCGUUUGUGGUUGUUUUCCGGUGAUACGAUGUUGCUGUUUGCCGCCAUUUUGUUAUCAUUCUUGCUCUCGAUUGCUUUUCAUACUUCUCAUCAAUUUUUCUUUCAUUCUGUCUCGCCAUCUUCCUUCUGUCUCUUCAUCUGACUCUUGCACUGAUGACCAGUUGACAUGUAGCAGGCGCUGUGGUGUGCUCCAGAACGUUCGAGCUGGUGAAUUCUCGAACAAAAUUUUGUCGGAAAAAUUAGUUUGUAAAGAAACAUUGAUUCGUCUAAAAAUUAUUUCCAAUCAUAUUUAUGAUUUCUUUUCAUAUUUGAUCGUUUGUAAUUGGUAUAAUGAAUUUAUAAGCAAUAAGAGUAAAAUGUUAAUUAGAAUAUAUCGUGAGGAUAAUAUUAGUCUGGAAUACCUUUUAUUAAGAAAUAUUUCUUGUGAAAGUUUCAUUGGUAAAGGUGUUUAUAGCAACUCAACGGUUGAUAAUUUAGCUCUAUUUCUAUGUAAUAGAUUUCUAAUUAGAAUUAUGUUUUACCUGAAUAGUAACGCUUUAAUCGUAGCUGCAGAGUAUAAUUUCAUGAACUAUCAAUUAAUUGUAAGCAACUAUUUAAGAAACUACUCGAUUUUAU